GUACUUUUAGGAUUUCAAAAUAUUGAAAGCAUCAGAGUUCUGUUUUUCUUGUUCCUAUUUAUCAUAUACUGUGUUACUAUUUCUGGAAAUCUUCUUAUCAUGGUCUUGAUUCAUCGCAGUAAAAACCUUCAGUCUCCCAUGUAUUUCUUCAUUACACAAUUAUCAUUGCUUGAUAUGAUGCUAAGUACAGAUAUUCUUCCUAACCUUCUUCAUAUUAUUCUGUACAAUGGAUGUACCAUGUCACUUACCGGAUGUGUCAGCCAAUUUUCCUUCUUUGCAACUGCUGAGGUUUCUGAGUGCCUUCUGUUGACCGUGAUGUCCUACGAUCGCUACUUGGCCAUCUGCAAGCCCCUGCAUUACAAUUCUAUAAUAAACCAAAGGUUUUGCAUGAAGUCAGUGAUAAUAAUUUGGUUGUUGGGAUUUAAAAUUAUGUUACUUGAUUCCAUAUCUUUGUGCAGUCUAUACUACUGUGGGCCAAACAUCAUUGACCAUUUCUACUGUGACAUACAGCCCAUACUUGAGCUUUCUUGCUCUGAUCCUUCAUGGGUUCAUAUUCAAACGAUUGUAAUAGGGUUCUUUUGUGUCUCAGCUCCUUUUACCAUUAUUAUAGUAUCAUAUAUCUGUAUUGUUUUAACCAUCUUAAAGAUUCCAUCGAUUUCAGGGAGGCAUAAAGCAUUCACCACCUGCAGCUCUCACUUAAUUGUAGUGUCUAUAUUUUUUGGUUCUAUAACCAUUGUAUAUUUGUUUCCAACUAGAGGAAAAUUGGGUGGGCUGGGCAAAGUCCUCUCUUUGUUUUACACUGUAAUUACCCCAUUGCUUAAUCCUAUCAUAUACACUUUCAGGAAUAAGGAUUUUAAGAUAGCCUUUGAUAAAAUAAAAUCAGACUUAGGGUCAUUAUGGUAG